UUUUUGUAAUCAAGCAAACACGCCGUAAGUUACAUUGCCCCUCACGCGGUUACUUCUCCGUCUCUCGAUCUCUCUAAGAUUUCCGGAUUUCCAGAAAGACGUAAAUUCGUCCUUUCCCUCGUCCUCCAACGUCACAGAUACCUCUCAGGUUAUUAGUAUAGAAGCUGCAUUCAAUCCAUAAUAUCAUGGAGGCCUCUGAAAAUGAUAAUGCUGCCCCUUUUGCCAAAUGGAGAAGCGAUUUUUCAAGGCUGUUUCAGCACUAUUUGGAUAAGUCUACUCCUCAUCCACUGCAGAGGUGGCUAGGGACAUUGGCAGUGGCCAUGAUAUAUGUUUUGCGAGUUUACUAUGUUCAAGGCUUUUAUGUUGUGUCAUAUGGUCUGGGAAUCUAUGUGUUGAAUCUCUUGAUUGGGUUUCUUUCACCGAGAGUUGAUCCAGAGCUAGAAGCCUUGGAUGGUGCUUCAUUGCCAACCAGAGGUUCUGAUGACUUCAAGCCUUUCAUCCGCCGCCUUCCUGAAUUUAAGUUCUGGUACUCCAUCACAAAGGCUUUUAUUAUUGCAUUUAGCAUGACCUUCUUCUCUGUGUUUGAUGUACCUGUUUUCUGGCCAAUAUUGUUAUUUUACUGGGUUGUUCUGUUUGUCCUCACAAUGAAACGCCAAAUUCUACACAUGAUUAAAUACAAGUAUGUUCCCAUCGAUAUCGGGAAAAAGAGGUAUGGUGGUAAGAAGUCAUCUGCAAGUAGUAGCGACUAAAAGCUACAAAGUUGCUGACAGUGGUAACUGGAUACUACUAUUCAGUACUUGGAUUUGAAUCAUAAUUUGGAAUUUGAAGUCUCUGAUGAUUGCAAGCUUAAGGUUUAUUGAUUCCAUACAAACAUGUCCUUUUGUGCCAACACUUACAGUGAUUUGAUUUGAGCAACUUUUGAUUUGAUUUGAGAACCUUUUCCAAUAGAGAAAUGUUAUCAACUUUUGAAAUGCACUACUUUUGUAUAGUUAGGCAAAAAUGACUUGGGUAAAUGCUUUUGUUUCUUGUGUACAUAUACGCGUGACUUCCUAUUUUAGUUUGGUGCUACAAUAUCUUGAUUUUUCUUUGC